GCACCCCGCUCCGUGCUGGGCAGCUGGGGACAAGACAAGACACAUCCGCAAAGCGGGGCUCGCUGCUUACAGGAAACAUCCCCCCUCCCUCCCCUCCAUCACCCAGCCUCCGGCCGGCUGGUGGGCGGCCUGCCAGGGGGGGCCGAAAAUGAAAGCAAAGUGUCCGGAGAUAAAUAGGAGCAGCCGAGGAGCGGGACAGCAGCGUGCACCCUGCUCCCAAACCCCCUGCAGCUCGCCAUGGCUCUGCGCAUCCUCCUGCCGCUGCUCCUGCUGGCCGCUGCCCUCCUGCUCCUCCCGGCUGAAGGUGUUGACAAUGUGGCCUCAGACUGCUGCCUGAGGACCAGCAAGAAAAACAUCCCCAGCGCCUGGGUGAAGUCCUACAGGAUCCAGGGCCCCGAGACGGGAUGCCUGCUGCGUGCCGUCGUGUUCACCACUAAGAAGGAGAAGAAAAUCUGCUCCUCUCUCACCAGCCCAGCCAUCCAGAAGGUGAUCCGGAGGCUGGAGGACAAGCAGAAGAACCCCUCUCAGAAGCCUCGGCGUUUGUCUUUUGCUCAGCAAGAAGCUAGGAAAACUUCUACUCCUAAACUCAUUUCUGAUGUGGAUUAUACAGCUUUGAAAUCAGAGAUUAAGAUGUUGAAGUCAUCAUUGGGCUUUGAAAGGGAGACAGGAAAAACAUUAGGAAUCAGAGUGGAUCAACUUUUGAAUGAAAAUGAUGAACUUUUGAAUGAGAAUAACAAACUUGUGGCUGAAAAUGAUAAACUUGUGGCUGAAAAUGAUAAACUUGUGGCUGAAUAUGAUGAACUUUUGAAUGAAAGUGAGGAACUUAUGAAUGAGAAUAACAGACUUGUGGCUGAAAAUGAUAAACUUGUGGCUGAAAAUGAUAAACUUGUGAAUGAGAACAGUCGUCUUAAACAAUUACUGGAGAGGUUUAUUCACCUGUUAAAUAAAGCACGGCCUUCUGCUUCAGUUAAAAAGGAAUCCUGAGUGAACUGCAUGUGGACAGCUGGAGAACCACAAACCAACAGUCUGGAUUAAUAAUGCUAUGCUUAACCCUGGCCUUGAUGCACUCUCUUCUGGUUUAUAGCAAGGAGACCCAGGACGGCUGUGGUCCCAAGCGUAUGUCAAAUACACUGAAUUAUGGAAACACAUUCCACCAAGGAAAAGUUAAACUUAGAUACUGUGGUUGUGCAUGGAGCUGAGGUGUUUCACCGUGGCAUCUAACCAUGCAUUAUCACAGUAUAGCACAAGCACUGGAACAUCUCAAAACAAAAAGGACCGAAAUCUCUCUACUUUAGUUCUACAUGGAAACAAAAUAUUUUCCAAAGAUGAAUGGAGUUGGAACAAUUCUCUAAGAAUGGCUGAACUUCAAGCCACUUCUAGCCAGACAAUACAAGUCAGUUGCUGAAUAACUAAUGGAUCUACUUACAAUAGGCCACCUGAAAUUAAGACUGAUUAUAACAAAAUAACCAAACCAAAUUCUGAUUGCUGGCACAAUUUUACUUUCACCAAACCUAUAAUUGUGUACUGUCUUUUGGGGUUACAGAGGCACAGAAUUAUCAAUACUAAAACUUCUUCAUCAACUGCAAAGGCCUCUGCCCCCACAGAUAAUAUUUGGCCUUAUGUGAAGCUGACUCCUUGCAUCUUCAGCACAGGUCCUUAUAUAAUUAAAAAUGUGGGACAACAAUUUCUCUAUCAAGUGAUGGAAAGAGUAAAGAGAGAUGAAAAACACCCUUGGUGGGGCACUUUGGAUGGUCACCAGCUGGCACAGGAAUCUUCAACAAAAUGUUGCACCCUCUUUUUGUUUUGUUAAUAGUCAUUGUAUUAUGCUUUUAGUUUGUGUGUUAAACUCUGGAUCAUGAUGGAACAUUUAGUAUCCCCACACAAUGUACACACACACAAUAUUUGAGCUCUGGAACAGGCUGUCCAGGGGGGUUGUGGAGUCUCCUUUUCUGGAGAUAUCCAAGGCCCGUCUGGACGCCUACCUGGGCAGCCUGCUCUAAGGAGCCUGCUUUGGCAGGGGGGUUGGACCUGCUGAUCUCUCAAGAUCCCUUCCAACCCCUACAGUUCUGUGACACAAUUCUGUGAUAAACCUCCUCCUGAGAAUGUAUGUGGUAUUCCUGACAUAUUCCGAAUGUCAUGAAGCUUGAGUGACUAUAGUCACAGGGUGGAUUAUGUGAUAUAACUGCCCAAAGUAACUAGGAAAAUAAAACUAAUAUUCACAUUUUAAAGAAAAUGUACAGCACUGAAGAGGCUUUCAGGGUAGGGUGUAGCUGCAUUACCUGAGCAUUCCCAAGGCUUCCAACCUUAGAUGCUAUUGCACUGGGGGAACCUGGUGUGCUGACUCUAAGAAACAGUACAGAGCAUAGAGUGGAGUGGAGACACCACGGCUAGGCUCUGUACCAGGUGGGGCCUCGAUUGUUCUUGUGCACAACGAGACCAAUAAGCCGCACUUUUUUUACCCUGAGCCAAUGACCUGUCAUGAUUUGACAAAUGCUGCACUCUAGUGUACUUUUUCUCAUUAUAAUAUCAUUAUAAUACCAAAAAACACCUCCAUCCCAAAAGCUACCCGCCUCCAAAGUGCAACCACCGCUCAGUGAGCACAUGCUCUGAAUUUCUCAGAGCCUAUUCCAUUAAAUGGAGAUGGGAAAACUUUUCACCAAUCAUAACAAAGAUAUGCUUGACUAGAGUCACUCAAGCUCCACCAAAAAGAUAGAAAAUAAUAUAAAUUGGCCUAAGAGAGAGCAGAUGUUAGGGAAGAUGCCAUCGUCAGGGGAGAUACCAUCACAAGGGAAUACACCAUCCUGAGGACCUCCUGACUCCUGGGAUCAGUUGACUGGCCGAGCCUCUCCCCCUACCCUCCCCCUCCAUUGGGAUGACUUUUUAAUGUCUUCUGUCUUGGGGUGCCUUUUUAAUGUCUUGUUUCCAGGCUGUGCACUUCUGUAUUUUAUGCAAGCUAGCUUGCUUUUGAAGAUAGUAAAUUACUGCCGGCAAUCCAAAGAACCUGUGUACCUGUUGGUGUAAUAAAUUGCAUUUAACUGCACUGUUCUUA